AUGUCAAUAACCCAACUCCUAACCUUGACCCUCCCACCCACCACCCCGAACUCCACCCUCCUCACCCUCAAACAGUCCAAACCCCCACAAAACUACUCCCUAGGCACCCACAUCCACCCCCCAACAACCCUCCAACUAACCUCCUCCCACCCGGACAUCAACGCCGCAACCUCCUCCCUCACACCCACGACCCCUUAUCUAUCUACCAUCUUCUCCACCCUCGGCCAGCCCCAAAAAACGCACCACGUAGCUUUUUCCAAUGGCACCCCGAAUUUCAGCGAAAAAGGCGCAAUGGCUUCCCCGCUCGUCGAAUUCGUGAAAGUACUCUUUCCGGUUGCGCGCGCGACGCCGGAGUUUCGCAGGGGUAUUGAGCGGGAUUUUAGGGUUUUUGACGAAAAGUGCGUGGCUGUUGCGCGGGGAAAUGGGGGUGUGGCGUUUGGGUGGGGGGUUGACGAGGAAGAGGCGGACGAGGGUGAGAUUGAGGGCGGGAAAGCGGUGGGGUUUUUUGUGGUGAGGGGGUGGGAGAGGAUGGGGUGUUUUGAGGAAUUGGUUGCUACGGAUGAGUUCAAAGGGGCGAUUGAGGGGUUGAAGGCGUGGGAGGUGCCGAUGGAGAUGUGGUUUGUGGAGAGGGAAGGAUAG